CAGGUUGACGCGCCCGUCGCUGUCCUGGCGAUCUGCGGAGCGCACAGAUCUGGGAAGAGCUUCAUCCUCAACAGGCUGUUCCUCGGCAAGAAAGGAUUUCCUGUGGGUUCUGGUGUGUCAACAUGCACCAAAGGGAUGUGGAUAUGGAACAAGACGGUGAUAGUGAAAGACGCCAACGGCACAGCGACCAAGUUCGUGCUGAUAGACACUGAAGGGUUUGGUUCUCCAGAAGAGAAUCAUGAUUCAUCGCUGCUGACGCUCGCUCUCUUGCUCAGCUCCUACUUCGUAUACAACAGUGUUGGCGCCAUUGACGAGAUCACGUUGCGACAGUUCUCCUUCGUUUCCGAUGUCCUCGACCUGAUCGCGAGCCAGAAGAUCGGCCAUGAUGGAGAAAUUCCGUUCAACGUGUUCCCGUCCUUCAUCUGGUUGCUGAGAGACUUCUCGCUCGAGCUCGUGUCCUCCGACGGCAGCAGGAUGUCCGCAUCAGAAUACCUCGAGUAUGCCCUGUCCGCAUCGGCGGACGAGGGGCCGCAGAGCGUGAAGAGCACGAUCAGGAAGACGUUCUCCGAGUGUUUCAGGGAGAGAGAUUGUGUUGCUCUUGUCCGUCCUGUGGUAGAUGAGAAGAAGCUGCAGCACCUUGCCGAGGUAGAGGAGGACGACCUCCGUCCUCAAUUCGUUGACGAGCUCAGUGAGCUUCGGAGGAUGAUCCUGGGCAGGGCAAGGGCGAAGCAGAUCAACGAGAUGUUUGUGAGCGGGAGCGGUAUCCUGUCGCUAGCCAACUCUUUCCUGCAAUCUCUGUCU